GAAUUUUAGUGGUAAUACUGAGUUUGAAAAAUGAGAGCGAUAUUCGUUUCAGUUUUUGUUACUUUGGCAUUUAUGCCAGUUUUUGUACUUUCUCAGCAGAAUAAUCUAACGGAUGGAACACAAGUUGAAGAGAGCUCCAGGUUGUUGGACAGACUUCAAAAUAUUAUAAAAAAUUUUGUCAAGAAAUUACUCAAUUGGAUUAAGAAAAAAUAUGAAGAACUUAAAGAAACUAUACUGAUUAAAGAAGAAUUGAUCAAAGAGAUUUUGAAAGAAUUAAUAAAACACUUUAAAGACAUCAAAGCAGAAGUUGCAAAGGAAGUUCUGGAGUACUUAGAACCAUACAAGAAGGAUUUUGGAACCCUCUAUAAUCAGUUUAUUGCAGGAAUUAAAGAAGUAAUUAAAAAAGAUGAAUAGUAUGGAAUCAGCUUCAGUCACCUGAAUCAGUUUUUGAUCGUUAUGGCCUCUACACAUUGGGAGAAAUUUUUGUCAAAAAUUGCUUUUUUGAAGGAAAUUCCCUUUAGCGUUGUAGGGGGAAACGUCAAAUUUCUGUCAAAAACGCAAUUUUUGACGAAAAUUGCUCCCAAUGUGUAGACACCUUUAAACUAAAGCAAUAAAAGGAAAAAAAAGAAACAGCGUCACCUUUAUUAUACUUUGCAGCAAAGGUUCAAUAAAAAAAUUCUUUAAAGAAUAUUCUGAAAAAAA